AUGCCUUGGGGACUUCUGGAGGACAAGCACAUGGAACAUGUGCCCGGCACAGUGUUUCUCACCGACCAAUCUGAUGUGCCGCACGAGUACGACGAAGUUCCCCGUGAGGUACUGAAGCAUGGCAGGGGACGAUACUCCCACGUCAUUCUCGUGCCUCAACCGAGCGAUUCCCCCAAUGAUCCACUCAACUGGCCAACAUGGCAGAAAGAUGUAAUCCUUGGCAUCGUCGGUCUCUCGGCUGCUGUCGUGGGUGCAUACGGCCCCAUGCUCUCGCCGGGUUUCGUCGACGUGUCAGCCGCAUUGGGGAUUACCGUGAACACACUCUCCCAGGCGACUGCGUGGCUGAUCCUUCUGAUCGGCAUAUCUCUGUUCAUAUUCAACCCCAUGGCCAAGAAGAUUGGCAGGCGUCCCGUGUACGUGAUUUGUAGUAUCAUUAUGCUCACGGGCAGCAUCUGGGGCGCCCUCUCCAAAGACUACAAUAGCUUCCUCGGCAGUCGCCUCUGGAGUGGCCUGGGCAUGGCACCGUAUGAGGUGCUGGUUCAGUGCACAAUUGCGGACCUGUAUUACGUCCACCAACGCGCUACGAGGAUUGCUGUGUGGAACAUGUUCCUGUUGUGUGGCAUUAGCGGGGGUGCCCUCAUUGCUGGCUAUAUCAUCCAAGACCAAGGUUGGCAGUGGACCUUCAUCUGGUGCGCCAUCCUGUUUGGAGCGCUGCUUCCGCUAGUGUUCUUUUUCGUGCCGGAGACGGCUUAUAAUCGAGGCACACUUGGACAGCAACUGGUGACAGCAACACUUGACAAGGAAGCAAAAGCUGUCAUCCAGGAGAAGAAGACCGAGCUUGAACUUGAACAUAGAGAGGCUGUGGCAACCGAGGAGAAGGAGCCAUACAUCCAAACACUGCGUCUGUGGAGCGGAACCUACAGCUCCACCCCCUUUUGGAAGAUUUUCCUCCGCCCGUUCGUCAUCUUCUGGUACCCAGCCGUCCUCUGGGCUUUCCUCCUCUACGGUGCAACCCUGACGUGGAUCGUGGUCUUCAGCGUCGUGAAUGCGACCAUCUUCACCGCACCGCCCUACAACUUUUCCGUGUCCGAGACUGGCCUGAUAUCACUGUCGCCCUUCAUCUUGACCUUCAUCGGCGAGGUCAUCUCGGGUCCGCUGAAUGACUGGGUGUGCCUCUGGCUUGCGAAGAAGAACCGUGGCAUCUACGAGCCCGAGUUCCGGCUUCCAACGAUCAUUAUCCCCAUGAUCAUUGGUGUGGUGGGCUUCUAUGGCUUCGGCGCCACAGUGCAUUACCAGACCCACUGGAUAGGGCCAGUCCUGUGUUUCGGCCUAGCGAACAUGAGUCUAGCUAUUGCCAAUGCCUGUGUGUUUGGGUACGUGAUCGAUGCUCACAAGGAACUGAGUGAGGAAGCAUUCGUCGCCAUCAACGCCCGCAACUUCCUGACUUUUGGAUUGACGUAUUUUGUCAAUGACUGGCUGGCCAAAGACGGAGUGCUAGCAGUGUUCAACGUGCUUGGCAGUAUAUUUGUAGCCGUCAACCUGCUCACCAUCCCACUGUGGAUCUACGGAAAGAGGAUUCGCGCUUAUAUUGCCCGCAAUGAGACUCUCCAUAGGUUCAUGCAUGAGGACUGA